CAUGGAGAAGAGGGGGGGUGAGGAGGAGGAGGAGGAGGGGGAGGAGGAGGAGGAGGAGGAGGAGGAGGAGGAGGAGGAGGAGGAGGAGGAGGAGGAGGAGGAGGAGGAGGAGGAGGAGGAGGAGGAGGAGGAGGAGGAGGAGGAGGAGGAGGAGGAGGAGGAGGAGGGGGAGGGGGGGUUGGAUAGUGCAGGAGACGAAGCCAGUAGAGUCCCUUCCGCGAGCACCUGCAAUGGCAGCGGGUACGAGGGGUAAGGGUAGCAACGGAACAGAACAGCACG